GGCUCUCCCGCAAGAAGAGCUCGCUUGUCAUCCGAGGACGCAUCCGUCUUUCUUUCGCCUUUUUGUGGAGCGGCCUUCAAGUCCGCACCCCACCAUCUCACCAGUUUCCUUCCAAUCUCUUCUUCCAUUCACUCUACUGCCCACUGUUUCUACCGUCCUCUUCCUCUUGCUCAUCUCCUGCUGCCUCCUUGCCCGCUUUCUUUUGUUGCUGCUGCCUCCCGGCCUUCUGCCUGCUUGCGCUGCUGCUCCCUUCUUCUUCCCGGUUGGUAUUUGUGUCCAGUUGCGCUGUGGGUUCUGCGGUGGAAGUGCUUCAGAUCGACCCGUGCUGGUUGAGAUACUUUGGUUUCAUAAGAAUUGGAUUGUCCGAGGAGGAGGAAGCCGAAGUGUAAGUGAUUACUUGAGUGUCGUCGUUGUGGUGUAGAGGAGUGGUUGGAUUUAUUCGGAAGGACGGAGGGAGGAAUUAGGAAGGCAAAAGGCUGUUUCUGCAAGCAGGCCUGAGCGGGGGAGUCGAAGAGCUGAUCUGAAGCGAGAGGAGGGGCCGAUCAACCUUGUGGAGGCGCAUUUUGGUGCGAAAAGGCGGGGAUAUCCAUCGAUUGAUCAUCCCAGGUCGUUAAGGAAGAACUGGAAGCUAGGAGGGGGAGCAAGAUGAUGUCAUCCGCCCAGUUACGGCUGAUGUCAGAUUUGAAGGCUAUCCGACAAGAGCCUCCAGAGGGAUGCAGUGCAAGUCCAUACGGUGAAGAAAACUUGUUCGUUUGGGGUGCGACAAUUUUUGGCCCGGAUGAAACUCCAUGGGAAGGUGGAAUCUUUUCUUUGAGAUUGAUAUUCGGGGAGCACUACCCUGAGAAGCCACCUCGUGUGCGGUUCACAUCUGAUGUAUUCCACCCGAAUGUGUACAGCGAUGGGACCCUCUGCAUGGAUAUUAUACAAGAUGCUUGGUCACCAUGUCAUAACAUCUGUACCAUUCUUACAUCCAUCCAGUCCCUUUUGACAGACCCCAAUCCCGCCAGUCCGGCGAAUCCGGAAGCCGCAUCAUUAUACCAGAAUGACAUUCUUGCUUACAACAGGAAAGUGCGCCUAUGCGUUCGAAAGUCCUUGGAAUGUGCAUCAUGACGACCUUGCCCAUUAAAUUUGGUGCUCUUGUUGCGGAAGCUUGUCAAGUUACCGCGCUAGACAUUGCGUUCCUACAGUACUGACUUUUGCGCUUUUGUAAGAUUUUCACGUUUGGAAGCCCCCCAGAUAUUUGACAGACAGAUUUGGUAGGCCUUAAGCAGCAGUGAAGUCAGAACUGGGCAGCUGAUAUGGUGGUUGAGGUGGAUUGCCAACUUUGAGAAUCUCCUGUACAGCUUGGAUUGGUGUAGCAAGGUAGUCGUUGAUGGGCUUCACAUGGUAGCCUUUGGUUUGUGCUCAGUGGUUCAGUGCGCAUAACAUAGCUGUAGGCCGAAGCUUGCUAUUUUCAUGUAACAUAUCCAUUUAAUAUUAUGGUCAACUGAGAGGAGACCAGAUCAGACUCAGUGGGACAUUUUACCUUUGGCAUGGCUUGCUAUAUCUACCUUGUCAGGACUGCCCUCUCUUCACCUCGACUCGUUGAGUUUCUCAUUUGCAAAGGAGUGGAAGAAGCGCUCGUAAAAAAAAUCUUCCGGCAAACUACAGCAGGUCGAUACACAUUCAGAUUCGAAACGAGAAACUGUAGUAUCUGUCAGUCUUUGAUCCCAUGUUUGACUUCGCAAACCCUUUUUCCUAGCGGUAGAAAUAGGGAAACGCUCCUGCCCGGUCUGACACCUGGCGACGUCAGCAAAAUUUGCAUGUACAGAGGUCUGUGAUUAUAUU